AUGCUGCCCCCGCGUCCCCGGCGCGGCGCCGCCUCCCUCUCCCCCAAAAUGGCCUCCCUGUCCCCAGAACUGCACGGCCUCCCUCUGUUUUCUGCUGUAGGGAAGAGACGCUAUGACAGGAAAAAAAGUGGCUACGGUGGCCAGACGAAGCCCAUCUUCCGCAAGAAGGCUAAGACCACAAAGAAGAUUGUGCUGAGGCUGGAGUGCGUGGAGCCCAAUUGCAGGUCCAAGAGGAUGCUGGCCAUUAAGAGGUGUAAGCACUUUGAACUGGGAGGAGACAAGAAGAGAAAGGGCCAGGUGAUCCAGUUCUAGGCUCCAUCUUACUCAUUGUUAUGGACCUUAUUAAAGUAUUUGGAAACACUCGA